GAUCAAAAACCGGUUGAUUUUUGGUUAUAAAAUGGCGUAUUAUAUGUGUUUGUGAAUUAAAACGUAAUAAAACGUUUUUAACUUCUGUGUAAAGUGUUUACUAAAUUAGGUGAUAAUGAAGACGAGCUAAAUAAUACAAAAGUAACCAUGUCGAUGCCCCCAUACCUAUUGGGGCCCAACCCCUGGGCCACAAUGAUGGCACAGCAGCAACUGGCGGCUGCGGCCCAUGCCCAAGCGCAAGUUGCUGCGGCCCAGGCACAUGCCCACGCAUUACAGCAACAGAUUCCACCGCCCCAUCCGAAAUCGGACAUUAUGACAGAAGACAAACUGCAGGAGAAGGCGCAAAAAUGGCAGCAGUUGCAAUCGAAACGUUUCGCCGACAAGCGCAAGUUAGGCUUUGUCGACGCACAGAAAGAAGAUAUGCCCCCGGAGCAUAUACGUAAGAUCAUUCGGGAUCACGGUGAUAUGAGUAGUCGAAAGUAUCGUCACGAUAAACGGGUUUAUUUGGGCGCGUUGAAGUAUAUGCCGCACGCCGUUAUGAAGCUGCUCGAGAAUAUGCCGAUGCCCUGGGAGCAAAUUCGUGACGUACAGGUACUCUAUCACAUUACCGGUGCCAUUACCUUCGUUAACGAAAUUCCAUGGAUCAUCGAACCCGUAUACAUCGCACAAUGGGGCACAAUGUGGAUUAUGAUGCGAAGAGAAAAACGUGAUCGACGCCAUUUCAAACGUAUGCGUUUUCCUCCCUUCGAUGACGAAGAACCGCCCCUAGACUAUGCCGAUAACGUGCUGGAUGUAGAACCGCUCGAAGCGAUACAGAUCGAUUUGGAUACUGAGGAAGAUGCUCCCGUUAUCAAGUGGUUUUACGACCACAAACCCCUAGUCGGCACUAAGCACGUUAAUGGACCAACUUACCGCAAGUGGAAUUUACAGCUGCCAAUGAUGGCAACAUUGUAUCGACUGGCCAAUCAGCUUUUGACCGAUUUAGUCGAUCAAAAUUUCUUUUACUUAUUCGAUACAAAAAGUUUUUUCACCGCGAAAGCGUUAAAUAUGGCCAUUCCGGGUGGACCGAAGUUCGAACCGUUGAUUAAAGAUAGCAAUCCAGCAGACGAGGAUUGGAACGAGUUUAACGACAUAAACAAAAUCAUUAUCCGGCAACCUGUCCGUACCGAGUAUCGCAUUGCGUUUCCGUACCUGUAUAACAAUUUACCACACUUUGUGCACCUGUCGUGGUAUCACACGUCCAACGUUGUUUACAUUAAAACUGAAGACCCAGAUUUGCCCGCGUUCUACUUUGAUCCGCUAAUCAAUCCCAUUUCCCAUCGUCACGCGGUCAAAAGUCUCGAACCGCUGCCGGAAGAUGACGAAGAGUACAUUCUUCCGGAAAUCGUCCAACCGUUUCUACAGGAGACACCUUUAUACACUGACAAUACGGCCAAUGGCAUCGCGCUCCUUUGGGCACCUCGCCCGUUUAACUUGCGCUCUGGGCGAUCUCGGCGAGCGAUCGACGUUCCGUUGGUCAAGACCUGGUAUCAGGAACACUGUCCUCCCGGCCAACCCGUCAAGGUCAGAGUCAGCUAUCAAAAGCUUCUCAAAUAUUUCGUCUUGAACGCGCUUAAACACCGACCACCGAAGGCGCAAAAGAAGCGCUACUUAUUCCGUUCGUUCAAAUCGACUAAGUUUUUCCAAACGACUACGCUCGAUUGGGUCGAGGCCGGCUUACAAGUCUGCCGCCAGGGGUACAACAUGCUUAACCUGUUAAUUCACCGAAAAAACCUCAAUUACUUGCAUUUAGAUUACAAUUUUAACUUGAAGCCAGUCAAGACGCUCACAACUAAAGAACGUAAGAAGUCCAGAUUCGGAAAUGCCUUCCAUCUGUGUCGUGAGAUUCUUCGCCUUACGAAGUUGAUAAUCGACUCGCACGUCCAGUACCGACUGAACAACGUCGACGCCUUCCAGCUUGCCGAUGGCCUGCAGUACAUCUUCGCGCACGUCGGGCAACUUACCGGCAUGUAUCGUUACAAGUAUAAGCUGAUGAGGCAAAUUCGAAUGUGCAAAGAUCUCAAGCACUUGGUCUACUACAGAUUCAACACGGGUCCUGUGGGUAAAGGUCCCGGCUGCGGUUUCUGGGCGCCCGGUUGGCGGGUCUGGCUCUUCUUCAUGCGCGGCAUCACUCCGCUCUUGGAACGUUGGCUGGGCAAUUUGCUGUCGAGACAGUUCGAGGGACGGCACUCGAAGGGUGUCGCGAAGACGGUGACGAAGCAGAGGGUCGAAUCGCAUUUCGACCUGGAGCUGCGCGCGUCCGUUAUGCACGAUAUCGUCGACAUGAUGCCUGAAGGUAUCAAACAGAACAAGGCGCGUACGAUUCUGCAGCAUCUGUCCGAGGCGUGGAGGUGCUGGAAGGCGAACAUCCCUUGGAAGGUUCCAGGCUUGCCUAUUCCCAUCGAGAACAUGAUCCUGCGUUACGUGAAAAUGAAAGCCGACUGGUGGACCAACACCGCUCACUAUAACCGAGAGAGAAUACGUCGAGGAGCUACCGUCGAUAAGACGGUGUGCAAGAAGAACUUGGGCCGACUGACCCGUUUGUAUCUGAAAGCGGAGCAGGAGAGACAGCAUAACUACCUGAAGGAUGGUCCUUACAUUUCGCCUGAGGAAGCGGUCGCGAUCUACACGACUACGGUGCAUUGGUUGGAGUCGCGUCGCUUCGCACCGAUACCGUUCCCUCCUCUCUCGUACAAACACGACACCAAACUACUAAUCCUCGCCCUCGAGAGGCUAAAGGAGGCCUACAGUGUCAAAUCUCGACUGAAUCAGAGUCAGAGAGAGGAGCUGGGGCUGAUCGAGCAAGCGUACGACAAUCCGCACGAGGCGCUGUCUAGAAUUAAGCGGCAUCUUCUCACCCAGAGAGCUUUUAAAGAGGUCGGAAUCGAGUUCAUGGAUCUCUACAGCCAUUUGAUACCAGUUUACGACGUCGAACCCUUAGAAAAAAUAACUGACGCCUACCUUGACCAGUACUUGUGGUACGAGGCGGACAAGCGACGGUUAUUCCCGCCCUGGAUUAAACCUGCCGAUACUGAACCUCCGCCGUUGUUGGUUUACAAAUGGUGUCAAGGUAUCAAUAACUUACAAGACGUAUGGGAUGUAACAGAAGGAGAAUGCAAUGUACUACUCGAAUCGAAAUUCGAGAAACUAUACGAGAAAAUCGACUUGACACUACUUAAUCGUCUACUCCGACUGAUCGUCGAUCAUAACAUCGCGGAUUACAUGACGGCGAAAAAUAACGUGGUUAUUAACUACAAAGACAUGAAUCACACAAACAGUUACGGCAUCAUUCGGGGCCUACAGUUCGCGUCGUUCAUCACGCAGUACUACGGCCUCGUGCUCGACCUGCUCGUUUUGGGCUUGCAGCGAGCCAGCGAAAUGGCCGGCCCCCCGCAAAUGCCCAACGAUUUUCUAACCUUCCAAGACAUACCGACGGAAGCGGCCCAUCCCAUCCGCCUGUACUGCAGAUACGUCGAUCGCAUACACAUCUUCUUCAGAUUCUCCGCGGAGGAAGCGCGCGAACUGAUUCAGCGCUAUCUGACCGAGCAUCCCGAUCCCAAUAACGAAAAUAUUGUCGGUUACAACAACAAGAAGUGCUGGCCGCGAGAUGCCAGAAUGAGACUAAUGAAGCACGACGUCAACUUGGGGCGCGCAGUCUUCUGGGACAUUAAAAACCGCCUGCCGCGUUCCGUCACCACAAUUCAGUGGGAGAACAGCUUUGUAAGCGUUUACUCCAAAGACAACCCCAAUUUACUGUUCAACAUGUGCGGCUUCGAGUGCAGGAUAUUGCCCAAAUGUCGCACGCAACACGAAGAGUUCACGCAUCGGGACGGCGUUUGGAAUUUACAACACGAAGGCAGCAAGGAGCGCACGGCCCAGUGCUUUUUAAGGGUGGACGACGAGUCAAUGAGCCGAUUCCACAAUCGGGUUCGUCAAAUUUUGAUGGCGUCCGGUUCGACCACCUUCACCAAGAUCGUAAACAAGUGGAACACGGCCUUGAUCGGUCUGAUGACGUACUUCCGCGAGGCGGUGGUUAACACUCAGGAGUUACUCGAUCUGUUGGUGAAAUGCGAAAAUAAAAUUCAGACGAGAAUUAAGAUCGGACUCAACUCUAAAAUGCCUAGUCGAUUUCCUCCAGUUGUGUUUUACACUCCUAAAGAAUUGGGUGGACUGGGAAUGUUAUCGAUGGGCCAUGUCCUGAUCCCUCAAUCUGACUUGCGAUGGUCCAAACAAACCGACGUCGGGAUCACGCAUUUCCGUUCGGGUAUGAGUCACGACGAAGAUCAGCUGAUUCCGAACUUGUACCGCUACAUACAGCCGUGGGAGUCUGAGUUUAUCGACUCGCAGCGCGUUUGGGCCGAGUACGCGUUGAAGCGACAAGAGGCGAACGCGCAGAACAGACGACUCACCCUCGAAGAUUUGGAGGAUUCGUGGGAUCGUGGCAUUCCCCGUAUCAACACUCUCUUUCAAAAGGAUCGGCACACGUUGGCCUAUGACAAGGGAUGGCGAAUUCGUACCGAAUUCAAGCAGUACCAAGUGCUCAAGCAAAACCCGUUCUGGUGGACGCAUCAGCGCCACGACGGAAAACUGUGGAACUUAAACAAUUAUCGUACAGACAUGAUUCAAGCUCUUGGCGGUGUUGAAGGUAUCUUAGAACACACAUUGUUCAAGGGUACUUAUUUCCCUACAUGGGAGGGUCUCUUCUGGGAGAAAGCUUCAGGCUUUGAAGAGUCGAUGAAAUAUAAGAAGUUGACCAACGCCCAACGGUCCGGUUUGAACCAAAUUCCGAAUCGUCGCUUCACCUUGUGGUGGUCGCCGACAAUUAACCGCGCCAAUGUCUACGUCGGCUUUCAGGUGCAGCUCGAUCUGACCGGCAUUUUUAUGCACGGCAAAAUUCCCACCUUGAAAAUUUCGCUCAUCCAAAUUUUCCGCGCCCAUUUAUGGCAGAAGGUGCACGAGUCGAUCGUCAUGGAUCUCUGUCAGGUGUUCGAUCAAGAAUUGGACGCUUUGGAAAUUGAAACUGUACAGAAGGAGACCAUCCAUCCGCGUAAAUCGUACAAGAUGAACUCGUCGUGCGCAGAUAUUCUACUGUUUUCUGCUUAUAAGUGGAACGUUUCAAGGCCGUCACUUCUUGCCGACACAAAGGAUACCAUGGACAACACCACCACUCAGAAGUACUGGAUCGACGUUCAACUCCGUUGGGGCGAUUACGAUUCGCACGACAUUGAACGCUACGCGCGUGCGAAAUUCUUGGACUACACCACGGAUAACAUGUCCAUUUAUCCUUCUCCAACCGGAGUCCUAAUAGCCAUCGAUCUGGCUUACAAUUUGCAUAGCGCGUACGGAAACUGGUUCCCCGGCUGUAAGCCUCUGAUACAGCAGGCCAUGGCCAAAAUCAUGAAGGCGAAUCCAGCCUUGUACGUACUCCGCGAACGUAUACGUAAAGCGUUGCAACUGUACUCCAGUGAACCUACGGAACCCUAUCUCUCCAGUCAAAACUACGGCGAAUUGUUCUCGAAUCAAAUCAUUUGGUUCGUGGACGACACCAACGUGUAUCGUGUCACAAUUCACAAGACCUUCGAGGGUAACUUGACGACCAAACCGAUCAACGGCGCGAUCUUCAUUUUUAAUCCGAGAACCGGACAGCUGUUCUUGAAAAUCAUCCACACGUCCGUAUGGGCCGGCCAGAAACGUUUAGGCCAGUUGGCGAAGUGGAAGACCGCCGAGGAGGUGGCCGCGUUAAUUCGGUCAUUGCCCGUCGAGGAGCAGCCCAAGCAGAUUAUCGUAACGCGAAAGGGAAUGUUGGAUCCCCUGGAAGUUCAUCUGCUCGACUUUCCCAAUAUUGUGAUCAAAGGUUCCGAACUACAGCUGCCCUUCCAGGCCUGUCUUAAGGUGGAGAAGUUCGGCGAUCUUAUUUUGAAGGCGACCGAACCGCAGAUGGUGCUUUUUAAUUUGUACGACGAUUGGCUUAAAACGAUCUCCUCGUACACCGCAUUUUCGAGGCUAAUUUUAAUUCUCCGCGCCUUACAUGUUAAUACUGAACGGACGAAGGUUAUACUAAAGCCCGACAAGACUACAAUCACAGAGCCUCAUCACAUUUGGCCAACGCUUUCGGAUGACGAGUGGAUCAAGGUCGAAGUGCAACUCAAGGAUCUCAUUUUGGCCGACUAUGGAAAGAAAAACAACGUCAAUGUCGCGUCACUGACACAGUCAGAGAUACGAGACAUUAUACUUGGUAUGGAAAUUAGCGCGCCUUCCGCUCAACGGCAGCAGAUCGCGGAAAUUGAAAAGCAAACCAAAGAACAGUCUCAGCUCACUGCGACCACAACUCGUACCGUAAACAAGCACGGGGACGAGAUCAUCACGAGCACGACUAGUAAUUACGAAACGCAAACGUUCAGCUCCAAAACCGAGUGGAGGGUGCGCGCAAUUUCUGCAACAAACUUGCACUUGCGCACCAAUCACAUUUACGUCAGCUCAGACGACAUAAAAGAAACCGGUUACACGUACAUUUUACCAAAGAACGUCCUGAAGAAGUUCGUUACAAUUUCUGACUUGCGCGCGCAGAUCUGCGCAUAUCUAUACGGUGUCAGCCCUCCCGAUAAUCCGCAAGUAAAAGAGUUGCGCUGCCUCGUCCUGGUACCGCAGUGGGGCACCCACCAAACCGUUCACAUUCCGCAUACCCCUCCCAGUCACCCAUUCCUAAAGGAGAUGGAGCCGCUCGGUUGGAUACACACCCAACCGAACGAGUUGCCUCAACUGUCUCCUCAGGACAUCACCACGCACGCUAGGAUAAUGACCGACAACUCCGCCUGGGACGGCGAGAAGACCAUAAUAAUCACGUGCUCAUUCACGCCCGGCUCCUGCUCGUUGACCGCCUACAAAUUGACACCAUCCGGAUUCGAGUGGGGACGACAGAACACAGACAAGGGCAACAAUCCCAAGGGAUACCUGCCCAGUCACUACGAGAAGGUGCAAAUGUUACUAUCCGAUCGAUUUUUGGGUUUCUUCAUGGUUCCCACGCAGGGUAGUUGGAAUUACAACUUCAUGGGUGUGCGGCAUGAUCCGAGCAUGAAGUACGAACUACAGCUUGCAAAUCCGAAAGAGUUCUAUCACGAGGUACAUCGUCCUGCCCACUUCCUUAACUUCUCUUCGCUCGAGGAUGGCGAUGGAUCGGGCGCGGACAGAGAGGACGUGUAUGCUUAAUUUUGUUUUUUUUUGUAUGUUUGUUGUAAUUAGUUCAAAUUUAAUUUAAUAAUAAAUAAGUACAUUUAAUUUUUA